GAAGAAGUAGCAGAAAGAAUAAUAAUGCUUUUCCGAAAUCGUUUUUUGCUCUUGUUGGCCUUGGCAGCCUUGUUAGCCUUUCUGAGCCUUAGCCUACAAUUCUAUCUAAUGGCCUGAGAGCCAGCCACCAAGGAGUUAAUGGCCAGUGAUGGUUGUGCUAUGUUUGCCUGUCACUCCUGGAAUCUGUUAAGAAGGAAGGAGCUUCCCUCUUAGACAGACUAGGCAGCUCCUAUGACCAGUCUCCCAAGUUGGUAAAUUCACUUCAUCACAGUGUCCAUUUGUAUUGUCUCAUUACCUUGAAUUCAAUGUGUGAUAAAAGACCACUCAACUAAAAGGUAAAUCUGUUCAGGAAGUUGUAAAAUCCAUUCAUCCUUGCACUCCAGGUGGCAUUGUAGGUUCCCAAACAUAGUUGGAAGCCUCCACUGGGAACAGUAGAAAUUUAAAGAUGGGGUCUCAGCUGGUAUGUUUGGGAAAGAAAUCAAUGGGAAAUGCUGGGAAAGAUUGGCAGAGAUAUGACAUAUGUCUGGUCUUUCUGAGAUUUUAAAUAACUCAUGGGAAGAGUUUGUUCUUUAACCAAUGCAUUUUCUUCUGUACUUGUGUUUGAAUUUCCAUUGCUGGGUAAGCAAAAGUGAUCUGCUGCAAUUUCAGUGUAGUCAUAUUUUGAAAUUUGUCUUAGCUGGACUAAUACUGGGGAUAACCAACAAGUGAGGCUGUUGAAUUGUUUCGCAUUACUGCCGUUUGUGUUAGAGCUUUCCAGACACCCUAGUUCCCAGUAAAUUGAUCUUGUUUGGAGUUGUAUGGCAUGGCAGUACGACCAUUCGCCCCUAAGGAUCAUUUUUCUGCGUUUUCUUUUCUUUCUAAAAAUGUAACUAAAAAUCUGUUUUCUGUUACUGUAUUUUAGAUACACAGGAAAUAAUUUCAGAAGUCAUAAUUUAUGGAUGUUUACUGCGGUGUGUUUGUCUUGUGUUCUCCAAAUGUGUAAUGAGUUUCUUAGCAAAGUAUUGCACGUUGAAAAGCAAUCAUACUGUUCUGUCUUAUCACUGUGUAAUCUGCCUCAUUGGUACAUGUGGAUAUUGCUAAUGUCUUUCAGAAGGAGGAUUAAAAUGAUGGAAUCUUGCUAUGGCUGGUGAUAAAUUUUAUCUUUAGACCCCUGGGCAAAUUUUUAUGGAGUGAAAACUACUUUGCAAGAUUUGGAAACCACAAGCCCCUUCUUUAGGGGAGAGGGAUAAUGAACUUUGAAUAGUUCUUAUUAUGCAUAUUUUCUCUUCCAUGCUGAUGAAAAAUUGCCACGUAACUUGAAAAAGUAUUUGCUGUGUGACCUACUUCCUACGUCAGUGAAAAAGUUUUAAACAGUUUGGUUGCAUGGAACUGAAAGAACAGUCUGUAUUUAAGGCUACCACUAAGAAAAAAAUUCCAGACUGAAAUGGCUACUUUCUCUGCAUACUCUUUUUGGACCGUUUGUGGUUUCAAAGGAAAAAGAAAAUGGGAAACAGAUUUCCUUUCUUUUAUUCUAAUUUUAGUACACUUGAUCCCUGUUAACCCUGUUAAAGAGGAUGAUCUUGGCUCCAAGAAUCGAAAGAGAAUAAUGCCUGAUCCUUUGACGGAGACACCUGCUAUAGAUCCAAUUUUCGAAGCCCAGUUUUAUUGUAACAUUCCCAACAUACCUGAACGCAGUAUGGAAGGUCAUGCACCUCACUAUUUUAAACUGAAUUCUGUUCAUGUGCUGAUUCGCCAUGGGGACCGAUAUCCUCUUUAUGCCAUUCCGAAAACAAAAAGGCCAGACAUUGAUUGUACAUUAGUGCCCAACAGGAAACCUUCCCACCCUCAGCUUGAAGCUUUUAUUAGCCAUAUGUCUAAAGGAUCAGAAACCCAAAUGGAUGGCACUCUGAGCAGCAUGCCUCGUUACCCCAGCCAUUCACUGUGUGAAAUGGGAGAGCUUACACAGACAGGGAUUGUACAGCACUUGCGAAAUGGACAACUACUGCGGAAUAUUUAUAUAAAGAAGCAUAACUUGAUACCAAGUGACUGGACAAGUAAACAUUUGUAUUUGGAGACAACUGGAAAGAGUCGAACACUACAGAGUGGGCUGGCACUACUAUAUUCCUUCUUGCCGGAAUUUGAUUGGAAGAAAAUUAACUUUAGGCACCAGUGGAGCACAAUUUUUUGUUCUGGAAGCUGUGAUUGCCCGAUAAGAAACCAUUACCUAGAGGAGGAGCAACGGCGUCAGUACAGCCUACGGGUGAAAAACAUACACUUGGAGAAAACGUAUGCAGAUAUGGCAAAAAUUGUUGGCAUACCCACAAGGCAGUUAAGGGCUUCUAACCCUGUAGAUUCUAUGCUGUGUCAUUUUUGCCAUAAUGUCAGCUUCCCGUGUACCAAGAAUGGCUGCAUUAACCUUGAGCACUUUAAAACAAUCAAGACGCAUCAACUUGAAGAUGAAAAAGAGAGGCAGGAGAAGAAAUAUUACUACUUGUAUGCGCUACUGGCCACUCAUCCUAUCCUUAACCAGACAGCCAAUCGUAUGCAGCGCAUUGCAGAAGGCAAGAGAGAAGAACUGUUUGUCCUUUAUUCCGCUCAUGAUGUCACCUUGUCCCCUGUUCUGAGUGCCUUAGGCAUCACUGAGGCCAGGUUCCCAAGAUUUGCAGCCAGACUAGUCUUCGAGCUGUGGAAAGAUGGGAAGAAAUACAAAGAACAUUUUAUCCGCAUCCUUUAUAACGGUGUUGAUGUCACAUUCCAGACUUCAUUCUGCCGGGACUAUAACAAACAUUACACCAAACUGAUGUGCCCCUUAGAGAAAUUUGUUCGUUUUGUUAAACAAGACAUGUUCUCACCUUUUAAUAGCACCAAUUACUAUGAUGCAUGUCACAGGAGGCCAUUCUAAACAAGGGAGGAAUAAAACGUUACAUUUUGUAUUGUCAAAAAAAUUGUCUCCGAGGCAGCUUGACACUGUCAAAUCCUAGUGUGCCUAAGUGCAAAUGAAUAUAGCUUGAAGUGGUUUUGUCGUUUCCCCCCCCCCAAAAAAAAUGCAUUCUAGAUUGAUUUAAAAUGUCAUUAAUUCAUAAUGUUUGUCAGCCUUAGCAGCACAGGGCCUGUGUUCUUUUGUGCUCCAACUUGAUUUGUCUCUUAGCUGCUGUAAAAUGGAUAUUGCUUGAAGAACUGAAUGAGUGCAUUCUGGUUCCUUGUUGUUCCACUGUAAAAGUUGCCACAGUAAACACAAACCAUACUUGUCAUAAUUGAGAGUAUCCUUCAUUCCACGAAUCCAUUCAUAGGAUCUAGCUAAAGUAGGAAUCAUUUUUUCCUUAGGGCAAAAGUGUAUUAUAGGCAGGCUUUGUUUUUUGUUUUUUGGGGGUGUUUUUUGUUU